AUGUCGUCGCAGCCCCUUCUUCAGACAGCCCCAGGCAAGAAAAUCGCUCUUCCCACUCGCGUCGAGCCCAAGGUCUUUUUCGCCAACGAGCGAACUUUCCUCUCAUGGCUCAAUUUUACCGUUAUUCUGGGCGGGCUUGCCAUUGGCCUCCUCAACUUUGGUGAUCGCAUUGGUCGCAUAUCUGCCGGGCUGUUCACCCUCAUUGCCAUGGCAGCCAUGAUUUAUGCAUUAUUCACUUUCCACUGGCGGGCCCAGAGUAUAAAGAAGCGAGGGCAGAGUGGAUUCGAUGAUCGAUUUGGUCCCUCAGUGCUUGCAGUGGCCUUGCUGGCUGCUGUUAUUGUCAACUUUGUCCUCAGGAUUCGUGAUACGGGACGGACUUGA